AUGAGCUCAUCGAGAGGAUCGGCCUCAUAUGAUCCGGAGGAUUGGCUUGAUAUUGGCGAUGGAGCAUCGAUUCCGAGCCUCGCAUUGGAUGAUGUCCUCAAUGAGAUCGAACAUCUAGAUGAAGGAUUGUCAUUCACCGACGAGACGAUCGUCGACGGCGACGUUUCGCCGAUUCCGGAGAUCUCAUCCGAGCCGUCGGCUCUCAGCUAUCAACUUGAUUCGGCCGUCGUCGUUCAUUCGCAUCAUUCGAUUUCCCAUCAAAUCGCCUCGCUCAAAUCGAAAUCCGGCAAUCCGGUGGCGAUCGCCGAACGCAACGGAAUAAUCGCGGUUGGAACCAGUCGCGGUCAUCUUCUUCUAUUCGAUUUAGACGGCAAAUUGGAUCGGUAUCAUCAGAGCGAUAGUGCGAUGGGCUCGGCUUCAUGCGUCGCAUUUUCCUUAGAUGGCAAGCAUAUCACGAUUGGGUACUCGAAGGGCGCUGUCAAGAUCAUUAGUGUCAGAACUGGCACCGUGCAUCAUUUGAUACCUGAAGGCGGUCAGCCCGGUCUUGGAAUCUUGCAAAUAUUGUACAUUGCCGAUUCUUCCUCAUUUCUCACAUUGGACACGGGCGGUUCGGUGUAUGAGAUUCGCGUUAGGACCAAGAUAACAAGAAAGAAAGAUUAUUCGAUCAAAUGCAUAUUCUCUGGAUGCAACGGAGAAGUGAUCAACAUUCGAUUGUUGCCCAAUUCGAUGUUGGCCCUUCUAACCGUCUCCAAGCUGCUUCUCGUCUCGACGCGCUUCGGCGGAAGUAUUCUCGGCGCGUUUCCAUUGAAUCACUCCUACACAUGCCCGCCAUUGUUCGCCUAUUGGCUCGGCGGUCACGCGCAGCCGUCGUCGCCGCUAAAAUCGCUGACGGCUCGCUCGUUGCGCGACCUCAAAGUGUGCAUAUCGCGUGGCAUCGAGAUGGUGAUUUUUCGGCUGCAUGUCGCCAAUUUUGGAACCAAACAUAAGUCUGCCACGUUGCACCGAAAAAUUCGCCUUCCCGUGCCCAUGGUGAACUUGCACUGGACGACGGCUCACCUGAUUGUCGGAAUUGAUGAGCAUGGAAGUGUUUGGCAGAUCGAAACUGAAAAAGGCAAAUGCGAAAAGGCGAUGGUCGAUCAGCUCGAGCUGAUUUUUGCGACAUCGGAUUACAAGGGUCUCGCCACCGGCGGACGCGUUAGCGAAGCGAUGUGCUGCAUCGCCGAGAUGGCGUGCUUCCAAUCAAUCACCAACGCCACAUCGACGUCUCAUCGAUUCAUCGUGCUCGCUCAUGAUGGAUUGAAGAUCAUUGAGAAGGUGUCCGAUUGGGAGCAGCUUGAACGCUUCCGAGAGCGCGAUGACGAGAUCUCAGCCGCGCUAUUCCUUCUUGACGUCGUCCGCAAGAAGGUCAAAGCUAGCGAAUCGUUCAACGACGAGGCCAGCGAGCAGCUACGCCACUCAGUUUACAAGCUUCUCGAUAUUACCAUGAAUGGAUAUCGCGAGGGACGGGUGGCGCAACUCGCCGCCCAUUAUAAGAAGUACAUCAGAAUUUUGUUGCACGUGUGCAUCACUGGAAAAAUGUUCGACAUCCUCUAUGACGACGUUUGGAAUCGCGUCAGCGCCGAUUUGAUAUCGAGAAAUAUUCUAUUGGAGUCGAUCGAUGAGUAUGUGCUCGAUGGGGCUCUCGUUGAGCCGCCGCCGACGAUUGUUAGCGACUAUUUGCAAUAUCUAUCCUCGGAGGGACACUUUUCGCAAUUUCAAGCCGCCGUUGUCCGAUUCCCGAUUCACUCGAUUGAUUUGCACAGUGUGAUGUCGAUAUGCCGCCAAAACGGCCUCUAUGAUGGUAUCAUCUAUGUGAUGAACAACGCGUUGAACGACUACAUCUCGCCGCUCGAAGAGAUGCUCAACGCGAUUCGUGAGUUCGCCUCGCACGAGGUGCUCACCGAUAAUCAAGUUGGCGCCGGCAAUCGCCUCCUCGUCUACCUUCAAUGCUGUUUGGCUGGACGCGGCUAUCCCUAUGGGACAAUUAAUGAUCCUCAUGUUCCUUUGGAGGUUUAUCGAUGUAUAUGCUCGCUGAAGGGGAAGGAUGGAAGCGGUUCCGAGGAGAGCUAUCCGAAUCUGCGGCUUCUGUUGGACUUUGACGCCGAGUCUUUUGUGCAAUUGAUCACCACAUGCGCCGACGAGACGCUGUUUCAGACCGAUGGCCGAUUGCAGCGCAUCACUGAUACGAUCGGUCUGGUGUGUGUCGCGAUGCGCAAAGAAUCGCCGCUGUCGCACUUCCUUCGGCUCGUCGUGCAGCUCACUGAGCGAUCGCUCAUCGUGCCGCCGGUCGAAUUGGUGCACGACGCGAUAAUUUCGCUAUUGCGAAUUGCCACGUGGCAACACGUGUCCACAGAAUCGUCGAUUCUCAGCGCGCUUCGAGCGGUGACGAAUUUGGAUCGAAAUUUGAUAUUGCGCGCGGCACAUUCGCCGAUGAGAGCGUCGAUUUGCACAUUAAUCUAUCUUGGCGAGCGCAAAUUCGUCGAGCUGAUCGAAUGCUAUAUAUUAUCGAAUCAAUUGAAGUCUAGCGAGGUUUUUGCAUCGAUCACGCAGAUUCUCGAGAAGUGCGAUAUGGAUUCGGAGGAGGCGAAACGAUUCAAUGAAUAUGUUCGCAAAAUUUUGCCGACACUCAUCAGAAUCGAUGCGCGAAAAAGUGCGAGACUCAUCAUUGACAAUUUUGCCGACUACAUGAAGAAAAUUGCGGGCGAUUCGCAUCGAAUGUCGAAUUUCGACGUUAUCAACGCGAUUAUGCUGAUCAGGCGAGAGCAGAAGCAGAUGUUCAUUUGCUCCGACGAGGAAUUGGAUGAGAAGUUAUUCGGAAUUGUGUUCGAAGGGAUUUGCAAGAAAUGGAUCCGUAUUGCGAAUAUUGACGAGCAUUUGAUGGAUUUGUUGGCGUUUUGGCUGCCGACCGGGUCUCGCAACGAUUUCUGUUUGAACCAGGCGGUCGCCAACGGCGAAUGCGUUCGAACGGUGGUGUGCUUACUGGAAGCCAGACAGCACACGCAGCGAGCAUUUGAGGUGCUCUUCGAGCAACUUGUCAAGUUUGCGGGAUUCGACGACGCGCAAAUCGUUUUUUGGCUCGACGAGCUCCUCGCGUUCUGCUCGCGACACUCGAAAAUCGCCAACGAAUGGCUUUUGCGUGUGUUUCGAUUCAUUGCCGCCCAAUCGGAAGCGAGCACGCUUCCGAACAUCAAAGCGCGCCUCCACUCGCUGACGAUGCGAAUCAUCGAGAGCGGCACCGAGCACGCCGCGCAAUUGCUCGAGUCGCUGUUGGAGUGUCCGUCGUUCGCCGACUCCGCGCACAGUGAGCAUCAAGAGCUGUUGCACUUUAUCUUCACCUCUUGCAACUACGAAAACACCCUUCUAGCGAAUUUAUUGAAUGUCGUGAAUUCCGAAUCCUCCGAAUACAAUCGAAUCUUGGAAUCUCAAAUUGGGCUCAGAGGUGAGCUCAUCGUCGACCAUCAGUGUGCCACGUGCUCGGGACCAUUCAACAAAUCUGUAUAUGCGUUUAGAUGUGGUCAUUUGAUGCACAUUGAAUGCGUGAAUUCGAAUCGAAAAAUUUGCGAAUGUGAAGAUUUGGAGGAUCAUGAGCCGCUUCGGCUGCUUCCCCGCCAACUGCCCCCCAAUAGACCGCCGAAAAAGGACAUAUUCGCUGAAUGGAACAAUCCGCUUGAUCUGAAACCUGCCAAUUCCGCUGACGACGAUUAUCCGCGUGUUGCUCCGUUCCUUUCCACUGAGGGAUUGCUCAAUUGUCCCGUUGAGCGACCGGUCUUCAUAUUUUCGCCAACCGCUUAUCACAAUAUAAGGCUUAUCGAAAAUUGCAAACGAAUUUUUGAACGUCUCGAUUUCCUAAUUUUAAAAAAUAAUUUACACCGGUUUCCAUGUUUGAUUUUACAAGCUGGCUCCCAGGCCACGAUGAGAUUGGCGUGCAAAUUCCGAUUGCGCGCUGAUUGGAAUACUACUGUUGAAAUACCGUUUUGCCUAUAUAUUACCCAAAAUGGAUGCUGCUCCCGUGAACUAGAUUUUGAAGAUUUAGAUAAGCAAGAAAAAUGGUUUUUGAUACUCGAGGAAGUAUUGGCACCUUUUGAUAGAUUAGAGCACCGCUAUUAUCCAAUUAUUGCACCGCAUCAAAUGAACAAAGUUGUUAAGGAUAUUCUUUCAAAAUCUAAAGUUUCCCCUAAGCCUUCAAGCGUCAUGAGUGAAGAAAUCUCUGACUACGAUUCUCCUAAUAGUGACUCUUCGUGA